CUGGUUUGCCCGGGUUACGGCGGCGGCCACGGCGGCAUUCAAGAGCAUAAUACUGGCCGGUCGGAGCACAUCACAUGCGCUCGUCAGCAGCCGCACACGCACUACCAUACUCUCGCGCGGCGUCCGUCUGUCCGUCCCGUUCCGUCUCGUCACGUCUCGAGCAGGCUCCUCGAACUCGGUCGAUCUACAAGAACAUUUAAACAUUUAUUAGUCAUCAGACCUACAUGUGUGUUUCUAAAAUGUCGUAUUUCGUGGUAUCAACGACGCCGUGUACCUGUGUAUGAUGUGUAAUACUGAGUUGUAAGCGAACUCAUAAGUCUCGUAUCGCCGGGUAAAAUUCGUAUAAAUUAUAUGACAUUUUCUGACGACAAAGUGCGGUUAAAGAGGCUAUACUAUGUAAUACGGGCUUGUCGCUUAUAAUAAGGGUUGAGAAUUUUUUUGUUCAAUCUCGCCGUAUACUGUUUUAAUUUAAACAUAAUACACUAAUACGAAUUGCAUUUUCACCGUUUGCUCGUUUUUGUUUAUGUGCGCUCGGAUAAGACGUGUUUGUGUGUGUGUGCCCUUUGCAGCGGUCGCUUAAAUGGUCAGGAAACCGAAAGACUUAAACAUGAUAUCGGCAAAACCGAAUAGCAAAAUGAACGAUCACGUGGCCCGGCUGCGGGUGGUGCAAGAGGUAUCAUCUCGAAACAGUUCGGCCAGCUGGAAUAGUUCGUGUACGUUUUCGACCGAGCAGAGUUUUCAAGAUCAACCAAGACCACCGGUGUACAACGUAGAAGACUAUGCCGGAUCCUUGCGAAAAUUUGGAAAGCGAGGGCCUACGUCCGACGUUAACAACGGUGACUCGUCUGAACCGAAAGAAACCGAAAUGACUCUAAAAGAAUUCACAUCAGCUACCGAGUUACUGGAAAAACUGAAUUCUGAUCUAAAACUUGCUUAUUUCAGCUUCGUACAAGAAUUCGUCGGUGACCCAAUAGACGGAGUCACACUGUUGCUGGAACUCCUGAAAACGAUCCAACAAAACGGCACACAAACAAAGUGCACGCCAGCAAACCAGCGCCGUAUCACAUUAGACGAAAACGCAUGCCUGCAAUGUUUGAAGUAUUGCAUGCGCUGUCAAGAUGCAGCUAGGAAAUUGGCGAUAUCUCCUGCUGGAUUGUACACCCUUGCCGCGUGCAUCAUGAGCACUGUCAAUCAAUCUCGACUACUGACUCUGGAGUUACUGACCAAGGCAUGCUGUGAAUCGGGUACAGUAGAUGGACACAAUACGGUUUCGGACGCAAUGAGUACAAUGCGACUUAGAUUUGCUGAGCCUGUCAGGUUCAGAUUUUUAGUGGGAAUGAUGUCCGGUAGCGGCAGUUCCGGUAUGGAACUACUGUUGGCUGGUUUAAAGUUUAUAAACGCCUUCACAGAAACUUGUCCGGAUCUUCAGACAAAGUUUUAUGUGCAAGCCGAACUCAAACAAGCUGGUUUUAAACCUGCAGCUAUAUUAAAGAAUAUUUCCAACAAAUCUCCACUAUUGAGCUCCGUAUCAGAUGAAAUAUACAGGUGGCAGAAAAAUUUCAUAAAUGUUGAGUCAUUGAAAAGACAGCACGACGAGGUCAUCAGAGAGGCUAAGUCUCUUAGAGAGAAAGUAGUCAUGCUAGAAAAAAAAAUUCACCUUCUCCAAGAAGAGAAACGUGUAAUUUCUUCACGCAAAGAUCCCUUGGACAGCUCACAAAAGAAUAAAAUUGAAGGAGGUGGCAAUUCAGCUGAAGACGAAGGCAUCAGUUCUUCCGAACAAGACGACUGCGAAGAGGAAGUGUCUUCAAAGAAAGUGAAGGUUCCCUACAAGAUGUACAGCGUAUCACAAGGUGACACGACCAUCGAGGAAGUGCUCGAAGACUUCGACAAGGUUAUAAAUGAUGCGUCUACUGAAUCAGGUGAUGGACGGAAGAUGUCUUCAGUGAGUAGUGACAACUCCAAACGGUAUUACGAUUAUUCCGACACAGACGACGUGGUCAUCAUUCCCACCAGAAUCGUCCCCGAACCACCAAGGCGGUCCAGGAGCCUAUUCAUGAACAAAAACUUCGAAGUCAACCCGUUUUUCGAGGACGAUGAAGAGAGCAUCGACUCCGAGUGUGCUUACGAAGAGGAUGAUGAGGAGGUAAAGUCUAAAAUAAAAAGAAGUGAAACGUUUCAUUCGGUCCAGAAACAAAUAAAACGAUUCUCGGACCUGGCGCUGCACAAUCACCGCGUGGAGGACGAGGAAAAAAUCAAAGACGGCGGCAGACGAAAAUCGAUAUACAACGUUUUCGGCAACGCGCCCGAGGCGGAAAACUCGAUGUAUGCCAACAAUAGACCAGUAACGAGGUCGGUGAGCACCAGGAACAUCAACGACUCACGGAUACCGGUCAUGAGAUUCGACCACUGCAAGUCUGAAAGGUCCGUGUACUUACCAAUGGGCUGCAGGGUCACUAAGGAACCCAAGGUUUUCAUGACCCGAGGUCACAACAACGCAGGAUUGUAUUCUGGUUAUAAGGAGACCACUGCCGUUGGAAAAGACUCAAGUCCUAAAUGCAAGCUUAGCUCGGGUGGUAGUUCAAACGGCUUGAAAGCGCUACAGCACAUUAACAUGUCUGUUUCCACGGGGAAACUUACAGAUUUCCCUUCGGGACUCUAUUAGACUGAACAUGUAGAAUUCAUCUACUUUAUAUCAUAGUUUAUUAUUAAUAGGAUAUUAGUGUUAUUUUUAGGCAUUGGCGUUCCAAAUGUAUAUAUUAUAUAUUAUUAUAUAGUUUAUAGUUUUGUAAAAGAAAAAUGCACCGAAAUAUUGAAACAUGGUGUUGUUUCAUUGCGACCAUUACGCCUAUA